UAAAGGAUUUAUUUAAGUUUAAAAAUAUGAGGUUCACGAGAAUCCGCCAUUUUCUGCAUUGCGAUCAGAACAAGCAAUUGCUUGAGACAUACCAGCAGUUGUCUUGGCAAUGACGAUCUUAUUCGUGUUAUUAAGCACGGUUUCAGCGACUAUGAAACAUGCUUCUACGAUGAUAUUCUCAAGAAACGACUAUGAGACAGGAGAAUGCCCUCUCAGAAAUAAGAAAUAUGGGACUAUCAUAAUAUGGUCUUCCUCAUGAGGCUUCUGAUUCAGCAUCUAAAAAUGAGCAACUACAUGAUGCAGUUAGAUUUACUAGAAAAAGAAGAAGAUUAACUAGGUUUGCAGAAGAACCAAAUGGAUUCCGAUAAUUAGGCAGUUUAACAACUACGCAACUUCAUGAAUGAAAUAUGUGACGAGCAAAAUAAAGGAUAUUAAAUCAUGUUCUGUAUCAUUGUCAACUUGUGCAAGAAGACUUUUGGAGAGAUUUUGGCAUUUGGAGCAGCGUGGUUUUAGGCUCAUCAGUCGUUCAAGAUCUGAGGGUGCAAUGUCUGUACCUAAGGAUCGGCACACUUAUGACAGAGACAGCAGCAGCGACACAGAAGAUUAUCACGAUUCUGAUGACAGGAGGAGGAGGGUGUACCACAAGAAUAGAAUGAGUUACGGGUCAUCGUCCAAGCCCAAGCCGUGUCUGGUCCAGAAGCAGGGAGCUGGGGGUUUGGGCGACCAGCGGCAGCACUGUGUCUCGUCACCCAAGCAGCCCCUUAACGUGGCCCCCCGAAACAGGUCGCGCAACCAGCAUCACUCGUGUCCAGCCAAAAACCAAAUGAGCCAGCACGGCAGAGACGCAGACUCCCCGCAGAGCUCAGGCUCCAGCCUCAACAUGGUGGCCAGCAGUGAUGAGAGGGUGACUCUGGUGGUGGACAGCACACGCUUCGUCAUGGACCCCGCCCUCUUCACUGCACACCCCAACACCAUGCUCGGCAGAAUGUUUAGCUCCGGCAUGGAGUUCAACCACCCCAACGAGCGGGGCGAGUACCUGGUGGCGGACGGGAUCUCUGCGACUGUAUUCCGUGCCAUCCUGGAGUUCUAUAAGGGCGGCUCGAUCCGAUGCCCACCCACCGUCUCUGUGCAAGAGCUCCACGAGGCCUGCGACUACCUACUCCUGCCCUUUGACGCGCAGACAGUCAAGUGCCAGAACCUCCGGGGAUUGCUGCACGAGCUGUCCAACGAAGGAGCGCGCUGCCAGUUCGAGGUGUUCUUGGAAGACCUGAUCCUGCCCCUGAUGGUAAUCUCAGCGCAGCGGGGCGACCGCGAGUGCCACGUCGUGGUGCUGCUGGACGACGACAUUGUGGACUGGGAUGAGGAGUAUCCCCCACAGAUGGGCGAGGAGUACUCCCAGACGGUGAACAGCACAGCCAUGUACAGGUUCUUCAAGUACAUAGAGAACCGAGAUGUGGCCAAGCAGGUGAUGAAGGAGCGAGGGUUGAAGAAGAUUCGUCUGGGUAUUGAGGGCUAUCCUACGUACAAGGAGAAGGUGAAGAAGAGGGCAGGUGGCCGGGCGGAGGUCAUUUACAACUACGUGCAGCGCCCCUUCAUCCACAUGUCGUGGGAGAAGGAGGAGGCCAAGAGCAGACACGUAGACUUCCAGUGCGUCAAGUCCAAGUCGGUGACGAACUUGGCGGAGGCCACGGCGGACCCUGUGCUGGAGCUGGACGCAGGAGGCAACCCCAUUCCUGUGGCCCCGCUCCCAAGCCUGGAGCAGGAGGAAGGGGCGGUGGGAGGGGUGCUGCCCCAGCCGCUCCCCGACGACCUGCAGUAGCCUCGGAGGCCGUAUCACUUACUGGUCUCCGUGCCUCGGCUCGCUAUGCAGGAGCAGGAAACCUGUUCUGGCUUUUUCUUUCUUUCAGGUCACAUUUCCUAACACCAGUUGUGCCUAUUUUUGUUUUUAGGUCAUAGAAAUUCCAAAUUGUUCAAUUGAUUAAUUGUCCUUAUAUUAAAACUGUAACAAUUUUUUAUCAUUUGUUUCCUUGCCAAAAAUAACACAUUAACUAAACACAAAUAAAAAAAUGUUUGUUAUUAAA